AUGGGACUCUUUAUAGCCCACAAUAACUACCAUCCUACGUCGCAAUGGGAUUUUCCAAAAAAUUCUGGUGCUGAACGUGAAGCUGCAGAUCAGUCUGUUGAGGCAUAUAAAGGUACUUGGGAUUGUAAGGAAGCUGCAGAUCAGUCUCUUGAGGCAUAUAAGGCUGCUGAAGCUGCUGCAGAGACUGGUUUAGCACCCACACAUCAUGUUAGACUUGGCCUAGCAUUGAACUUUUCUGUUUUCUACUAUGAGAUCUUAAACUCUCCUGAAAGUUUGACACUAUGUGUUUAUACAGCGCAUGCCAGUUGGCUUAAGCCAGCAUUCGAUGAUGCAAUAGCUGAACUUGAUAGUCUCAACGAGGAAUCAUACAAGGACAGAACUCUUAUCAUACAGCUAACUUAG